AUGGCGAGAGGGUAUGCAGGCAGUAAGCUCUUCUUGAGGAGGCUAAGACAAUUCAUCAGGAAAGCGAACGGGCUGAUUCGAGAGUGUUCCGUGCUUGAGGAGCAUUGGGAGUGGCUUGUGGCUGUGAAAUACGACAGGGAAUUGGAAAUUGAGGAGAUCGUUGAGGAACUUCAUUUCAUGUGCGGGCUCAUUGGUGCCAGUCCCAUUCAGGCUUUCUUGCCACAAGUCUAUGCAGUAGCCCAGCUCGACAAAGCCGUACUAGAAAAACAGUUAGUUGCAGUUAAGGAGUUUCAUCAUCUAUCACCAGAACUGCGUGCACUAUCAAGUAUACAGGCUGCUCCUCACAUUGUUCAAACCAUUGGCUACUACAAGAAGGUUGACGAAAGCUGUACCCACUUGGUCAUGGAGGUAAUGAGGAUGGAUCUAAAAGAGUAUGCAAGCAAGAACAAAGGGCUCACGCAUUUGCAAUUGGUCGAGAUGCUGCUCCAGAUUACCAAGGGCCUCGAGUUCUUGCAUGGGACAAACAUUGUGCACAGAGACCUCAAGCCAAAAAAUGUUCUAAUCGAUUUCACUGACGAGGACGAAGAGUAG